AUGCCCACGCGACGUUCGAAGCGGCAUCGCACGCCGUCGGCCACCUCCUCCCCGGCGUUGACGCACGCGCUGGAGGCACGUGGGCGCCACAUUGCCAGCACACACCCCGGCCCCCCGCUGCCGCCCUCCACCAGCGAGCACCGUGGGCGUGGUGACGGGACGGAGGAUCGUAGUGGCAAUGGCGCGGGCCCAGCCGCCCUUGCGGACGCCUUGUACGCGGUGGAGAUCCACUUUCAGCUCGAGCGGCAGCGGCACCGAGGCGAGCUCCUCUUCCCGCGUGAUUUGGGGGACUUGCUGUUGUGGUCCGUGCCGGUCGCGGUGCCGUUGAUUGAGGGGCCGCGGGUUUUUUUUCUCAAGAACAAAUCGAGGCUGCGGGACGUGGUGGUGGUUUACGUGAAUGGGUGGACGCACGACGAGAUGAUAGUGGCCGGCGCCGGCCACCCCGCCGCGGACGACGUCGGCGACGACGACGAGGCGGAGGCCCAACAGCAGCAGCAGCGGGGUGCGGAGCGCGUUGGCCGCGCCAUGCUGGCCCCCAUACGUGCGCAGCGGUGUUGGGCGCGCAGGGAGUGCGGCGUGCAGUUCGCCCCGUUGCUUCUCCCGGACGCCAGGAACACGCUGGAGCGGGAGGUCUUCUGGCGAAACGACGCGCCGAAGGCCCCCGGCGGCGACCGGCGCCGGCAGCGUCCCGCCGAGCACGGCGCAGAUGCCGGGGGCGAGGGGGGAGAAAAAGGCACGGCGUCGCGUGCGUGCUGCGCAGUUGGCGUCGACGGUCCCCCCGCAGCCGCCGCCGCCUCGUCGAGGGCGCACGGUGUGGGGAAUUUAUUUAACCGCGCCUUAGCGAUUCACGGCAACAAGACGCCGCCCGACACGGCGCCUGCCGCUGCCAACGGCGACCCCGCGCUCUGGGGCAACCGCGCGACGCUGCUGCAGUACGCCCUCUCCCUUGAGAGGGACCGGGCGGAGCUGGAGGGCCUCGGGUUUGUCGUCAGCCCGCCCCCCGCCCGCGAUGAGGCGGAUGAGUGGAGCUCGUUUGAGGCCCCGAGCUCGUCGAAGGACGCGGCGGAGGCGGAGGGGCGGGAGCCGCGCGUCUUUGCGAUGGACUGCGAGAUGGUGCUCGUCGCCAACGGCGUGAGUGCGCUGGCGCGUCUCACGCUGCUGGACGUGCGAGCCGGCGCUGUGGUGCUUGACACCCUCGUGAAGCCGGCGGCGCCGGUGGUGGAUUACAUCACCCGCUACAGCGGCGUCGACGAGGCGAUGCUCGACGGCGUGACGACGACGCUGCAGGACUGCCAGCGGGAACUGAGGCGGCACAUCGACACCGACUCGUUUGUCGUGGGCCACAGCCUGGAGAACGACUUCAAGGCGUGUAAGAUGCUGCCCAACUGCCAUCUGCUGGACACGGCGCACUUGUUUCCGCACCCAGCGGGGCUGCCCCACAAAAAUGCACUGCGGUACCUGGCGCUGCGGUACCUGCAGAAGAGAAUCCAGCAAGGAUCCCACGACAGCGAGGAGGACGCCAGAGUCAGCGCGGAGCUUGUGUGCCUAAAGCUAAAGCACGGCCCGGGGUUUGGGGUCCGGGCGCGCGUGAGCGUGCUGCGGCUCAUGCAGGGCGCGGUCACUCCCGCAGCGACGGCGGGCGCAGGCGCCGACGAGGGAGAGGCGAGGCAGGACGAGGCACAUUCCGGGCCGUCGGCGUCCGCGCCAUCCGCCUCGACGUCGUCGUCGCCGUCGCUUGAAGUGGAGCUGAAUCUGUUUGAUGACGCAUGCGUCCUGCGCGAGCUGACUCCCAGCGGCGCGGAUGCCCGGGGCGGCGGUCGGCUGAAUGCGGUGCAGGUGCGACACGACAGGGACGCGGUGCGGAAGGCGGUGCGCUGCCUGCAGCGACGCGAGCACUGCCGGCAGCGCACGGCGGACGGCGUGCCGUCGUGCUACGCCCUCACUUGGGUGCAGCUCAGCGAGGCGGUUGAGCCGCAGCAGCAGCCGGGCGGCGCGGAAGGCGACGGCCGGCCGUGGGAGGAGCGGCAGCUCGAGCGCGUGGAGGAGACGAAUCGGCGCGUCAUGCAAAUCGUCCGCGCGGCGCCGCACAACAGCCUCGUCGUGGUGCUCGCUGGCGGGGCGUCGACGGCCGCGGUGGGGGCGUCGACCGGCAGGGUGCGCGGCGUCUGCUUCGCGUUUGUGAAGGACGACGCCGCGCCGGGGCCACCGGCGGCGUGGCUGGAGGCGGGGGAGGAAAUCUCCGCCGGCCCGCCUUCCGCGGCGGCCGCGCACGGCGGCACGCUCGUGACGCCCCCGGCCUGCAGGCAUCAGUAA